AUGUCCCCACAAGAGCAGAAGUCGGCGAAGCAGCCUGACCGAAACCAGCUGUUACAGGCAGUAGCCGCGCAGCAAGAGAUCGCAAAAGCACAAUCGUACGCAAGCAGCCUUCGCGAUAAGGCCAGCAAGAUUCAAGAUCCACAAGAACGAGAGCGAAUGGUACAGGAGGCCUAUGAGAAGGAGAUAGCGGUAAAUGGCAACAGCAAAUUCGCCCAACGGUUACAAAGUGGUCCCUGGCAAGGGGCGGCUGCUGGUGGGGGUAUAGGCUUAGGUACAGGUUUAGGAGUAGGCGCAGGAGUCGGAACACUGGCUGGUACUUUAGUUGGCGGUCUUGUGUCAAUACCAACAACGGCUCUCGGGUGAGUCGCUGGACGCCUGCGUUCAACCGUGUGGUAAAGCUGCUGACCCUAUAUGGCAGAGCUUUGAUUGGGACGGGCGUUGGAGCAAUCAAAGGGCCAUUUAUCAAGGUUGGUGGGAAAGAAAAGCGAUGGGAUGAAGCCUCUCCCGAAGAAGUGGUCGAUGCACUGGAAGAGGAGCAAGCGACUGGAAACGAGCAAGCCCGAUCAGGGGCUCAAGUUGGUACAGAGCCUCUGCCGUCCGCAAGCGCUGCAGCGAAACGGAAACCUCGCAAGCUCGAGAUAAGGUCAAAGAAAGACGCAGAGGAAACGGCAGCGUCUGGUGCGGCGACAACAUCCGGGCAGGACAUGGACGGCACCACGAAGGCCAAAAAGGCUUGA